AUGGAGCUGCUGGUCGUUAUUAGGUUCUACUGGGGCCAAUAUGUCAACAUCCUUGCCCAUAAAGACCAUAAAUUGAAUGCAGUACGUAUAGGAUUUUCUCCAUUCACCCAAUACCUCAACCAUCACACCAUACCAAUCUCUGUAUCAUCCAUGUAUCAUCCAUCUACACCCAUCUGCCAUCCUAUUAUCUACCGCUCAGCUUUACAAGCCAAGCACCCCUGGAAGACUUCUCCAACAUCCUCAGCCUUUCUUAGGGACAGGAAGAAGUCCAUGGACCGGUACCGGUCUGGGGCCCAGUGGUUAGGGACCACUGAUCUAAGUGAUGUGUAUUUAUCUGAUGAUAUCUGGCGCUCAUUGCUUAUCAUUUACAGCAGCAGUACUGAACCUGUGGUCUGUGGAACCCUGGGAUGCACCGUUAGGAGGAACAAUGUGAUCAUGGAAGCACAGGAUGACAAGGAUGAUGACAGAGUGAGUGUGGCAGAAAUGUCCCUCCUGAAUAAGCUGAUCCGGACGUCACUUGUGGAAUCAAGUCAUCACGUGGAGAUUCUACAACGGGAUCCCAAAUCGCCACUGUUUUCCGUAACCACCUUUGAAAAGCUGCAUUUAAAGCCAGAACUACUGCAAGGUAUUUAUGGCAUGGGUUUUAACAGGCCAUCCAAGAUACAGGAAUCCGCGCUGCCAAUUAUGCUUGCUGAUCCACCCCAAAAUCUUAUAGCACAAAGUCAGUCAGGGACAGGCAAAACAGCUGCAUUUGUUCUAGCUAUGCUGAGCAGGACAGACCCAAAGAAGGAAUUUCCACAGUGCCUCUGCAUCGCUCCCACCUUUGAACUGGCUGUUCAAACUGGACAUGUUGUUGAGAAAAUGGGAAGAUUCUGUGUCAACAUAAAUGUCAAUUAUGCUAUUCGAGGCAAUAGAGUUCCAAGGGGGACCUCAAUAAAAGAACAAAUAAUAAUUGGGACACCAGGGACCCUGCUAGAUUGGUGUUUUAAGCUAAAGCUUUUUAAUCUGAAGAAGAUCAAAGUGUAUGUGCUGGAUGAAGCAGAUGUCAUGAUCGAUAAACAGAAUUUCUUGGAUCAGAGUGUUCGCAUCCAGAGGAAUUUGUCUUCAGAUUGCCAGCUGCUUCUCUUCUCAGCUACCUNUGCUUGGCUUUCAGCCACCAAGCUAGGCUUGUGA